AUGAAUCCCUGUAUACCCGAGCUUGGAAUCAAUCAAAAUGCGAGAUCAAGAGCUAGAAUUUUCGCGAAGAAACGAGCUUCUAGCAAGAAUACUCGCGAAAUCUUAACCCAGAUCAAGCUAAAUCGCCAGGAAAUCGCUCUCGUACCUCAAGAUUGUGCUCAUUCCUCCACAUUUAUGAUGCUCCAUCGCAAUGCCCCAGAUCAGAUGCUCCUACUGGUCACCAAGAAAAUGUGUGCCGCCUCUUUCGUCCUUUUGAUGGCUACGAUCGCCUCCGCGGGCGCUCUUCUAGGCGACGAUCGUGUCAGGGAGCUCGCAAGAUUGAGAGCGGCCUCCAGCGAUGGCGUCAUUGAGCUCCAGGAUUCCUCCCUAGAGUCGCUAAUUCUCGGAAGAUCGGGGCUAGGGCGGGGAUUCUACAUUCUCUUCUUCGAUUCCAGCGCGGCCAGCGGCAGGGACGAGUUCUUCCAGUCCGAAUUCUCCUCUCUGGCCUACUCCUUUCUCAAGAAUCACGCCGGCUCGACAUCGAUCUUCUUCGCGUCCAUGCAAGCCUCGAAGUCUCCUCCCGUCGCGCUCCAUAGCUUCAACGUCACAGGUUUUCACAUUCCUUGCGUUCUCUAUCUCCCACCCAGCGGUGGCGGCAUCGAGAUCCUACCGCGAUCGAGCACCGCGCAGCAGCUAGCGCUCACGAUCCGCUCGAAAUCCGGCAUAGAAAUCGGGGAGAUAUUCUCGCCGCCUCUCUCCACCGGGAGACGGAUCGCGCUCGCAUGCACCGCCGUGAUCCUUGCGUGCCUCUCCCCGGCAGCGCUCAAAGCUCCCUUCCUCCAAGAUCCCAAGAUUUGGUGUGGAGCGGCCAUCACGCUCUACAUCUUCGUGAUCUCCGGGGGCAUUUUCAGCAUCUUGUACCAGGUCCCAUUGAUCCAUCCCCGGAGUGGCCACGCAUUUCAUCGUGAGCCAGAUGGGCAGUUCGGUGCCGAGGGAAUUCUCGUGGCUUCGUUGUACGCAGUGCCGUCAGUCGCUAUCAGCGUCAUCGUCCACUGGCUGCCCAGAGUUCCCUCGAGAGUAAUGCCGGCACUGGCGAUCAUGGGGGUGGCAUCUUGCUGUGCUCUCGGUUGCCUCUCAAGGCUCCACGAGUGGAAGACUAGGAGGAGCUGA